UAAAGUGGUUCAUCUGACGGAGCUCACACACUUUCACACACAGUUUCUGAGGAAAAACGCGGGAACACUAUCUUUAGUCUUUUCGGUGUCUCUCUGUCAGUCACGCGAGUGAUGAUGAGAAAAGGCAUCUCCUGCCCGUCGCAAGACCCGAACUGCACGCGCAUCGUGGAGACGCUCUCGGCGUGGAACAGUUCCGUGGUGAGCGCGUACCGGCUCGUGGAUUUACCCCCCAUCACUACACCUGUUGCCAUGGUGGAAAAGUCAGUCUAUCCUUUCCCUACUGUGGAUGUACCGGAUCAUGCUCAUUACACUAUUGGUGCUGUAAUCCUUGCUGUUGGAAUCACUGGAAUGUUGGGCAACUUUUUUGUCAUCUAUGCCUUCAGCAGGAGCCGGACCCUCAGGACACCUGCCAACUUGUUUAUAAUAAAUCUGGCCAUCACAGAUUUUCUCAUGUGUGCCACCCAAUCACCUAUCUUCUUCACCACCAGCAUGCACAAGAGAUGGAUCUUUGGGGAGAAAGGCUGUGAGUUGUAUGCAUUCUGUGGGGCUUUAUUUGGGAUUUGCUCCAUGAUCACUCUCAUGGUCAUCGCAGUGGAUCGAUACUUUGUGAUCACGCGGCCUCUGGCCUCCAUCGGCGUGUUGUCUCAGAAGAGAGCUCUUCUGAUUCUUCUGGGAGCCUGGGCCUAUUCACUCGCCUGGAGUCUACCUCCAUUCUUUGGUUGGAGUGCGUAUGUUCCUGAAGGGUUGUUGACCUCUUGCACCUGGGAUUACAUGACCUUCACACCCUCCGUGCGAGCUUACACUAUGCUCCUCUUCACCUUUGUCUUCUUCAUUCCCCUUAUCGUCAUCAUCUACUGCUAUUUCUUCAUCUUCCGAUCCAUUCGUACCACAAAUGAAGCUGUGAGUAAAAUUAAUGGGGAUAACAAGCGAGACUCAAUCAAAAGAUUCCAGCGUCUGAAAAACGAAUGGAAGAUGGCAAAAAUCGCUCUUAUUGUUAUUCUCAUGUACGUCAUCUCCUGGUCUCCAUAUUCAACUGUGGCACUAACAGCAUUUGCUGGAUAUGCUGAUAUGCUCACCCCAUAUAUGAAUUCAGUACCUGCUGUGAUAGCCAAAGCUUCAGCCAUCCACAAUCCCAUCAUUUAUGCCAUUACACACCCCAAAUACAGGGUGGCCAUAGCAAAAUACAUCCCGUGUCUCCGCAUGCUGCUGUGUGUCCCCAAGCGUGACCUUAAUUCGUUUCACAGUAGCUUAAUAUCCACACGUCGCUCCACUGUCACAAGUCAGUCCUCUGAUAUCUCUGGACCCUUCGGCAGAACCAACACAGGAAAAUUUCGCCUCUCAUCAGCCUCCGAUAGUGAAUCUGGCUGGACAGACACCGAGGCUGAUCUCUCCAGUAUAGGCUCCAGGCCAGCUAGCCGGCAGGUGUCAUGUGACAUUAGCAGGGAUACUGCAGAGGUCACCGACUUCAAACCAUGUAACUCAUCCAGCUUCAAGUCUAAGCUCAAAAGUAAUGACUCAGGCAUCUUUGAAAAGAGCUCCUCUGAUAUGGAUGAUGGAUCUGUGGUUGGACUUGUUCAACCUGACCGUACUUUUCCUCUAGCUGCUGGUGACAAUGCAGAAAUGACCGCUUCGAGAGGUACGAUUGGGCGGAUCCCCAGUAUUGUUGUCACUUCUGAGUCUAGCUCUUUCCUGUCUUUAGCACGGCCCAGUUGUAGGAGCAGCCACUCAAGUGUGUCUAAUGGCAAUGUUGUGUCAAAAUUUCCCAGGAGAAACUCUUCAGGAGGAGUCCAGCAGGGGGCAGUACAUCUGUCCACCGCUGCUGGAACACCUGCGUUCCCUCAAUUACAUCAUUAAAAAGUCUCAUUAGGACCUCAUUAAAAGUCUCACCAUCAGUAACUUGCUUAUGCUUACACCUCCUCAUCUUCAGUCUUAAUCUUAUGUUCAGGCUUUGUGUCAAGUUUAAGUGUUUUGUGUUUAUUCCUAUUCUGUGGUGUGGAAGUUUAGCAAUGUGAACUGGAAAGAACCAGUACAUAAUGUAGAAAGUGAAUAUCAUGGAUUGAUGCCUUUCUUUUACAUAUUAUAAAGUACAUUUUCAUUGUGAUUUUGAGCUAUUAGAGGAGCAUCUCUAAUUAGAGAAAAUUUUACAAAAUGUGAACGAAUCAGGUGAAGGAACGGUGCUUAUGCUUAAAAGUGAGACCAAGGUAACUGGUUGUGGUCAUUGACGAUAAAUAGACAGCGAUGAUCUCUGCUUACAUAUGUUAUUGUGGUUACUAAUGAAAUUGAUUGGAUACAUAUAAAGGAUUUAAUGUUUUGUUUUAAGAAGUAAUAUUAAAUUGCACGCUGCAGCAUAUGCCUGCAGCAGAGACUCAUUAUUAUCUCUUUAAACACUGAACAGUGCCAUCUUCAGUGAACUUGUUCAGCCUACGUCAUAUGCAUGCUGUGUAUGUCUCUAUAAAUCCAUCAAGUUAGCACCCUAAUGAAUAAUUACCACAUGAACACAAACACAAUGACAUACUUCAACAGUUUGACAGAAAUGCUCCCCAAACAUUUUAAUGUUUAUUAUUGUGUAUGUUCUUUAAUAGUAAUGUUUUUGAAGAAUAACAUUACAAUCAAAUAUUAAUGUUUAUAAACAGUUGUGUUGCUUUGUACUCAAAUGUAGUUUUGUAAGGCUGGCUGAACCUCAAAUGUGAUGGUGGCUACAAAAUAGCCAUGUCCUUGUAUAUAAGUUUUGUUAGUUGUCUGUGUUUUCUGGACUUUUUCCUAGAAAUUUUGGUACAGCAUUAAAUAAAUCAUAUUUAUUUAAAUAAGUGCAGUCUAUACGGACUGUUUAUAUUGUUUUUAUAGUCUUGGAGUAAUAUUAUUGUAUAUCCAUAAAAAUGAAAAUGUGUAUGUUUCAAACAUUAAACAGAACAUUAUUGUAUCCCCUUUUGUUUUUGUUUGGUUGCUCCUAUUU